AUGUUGCCUUUUACUGCUGCACCGAGCCCAUCCUGGAGGCAGAGCCAGUGCUAAUUAUCUGAAGGAGGGAACCUCUUGCAGCCUCCCUCCUCAUCUUUUCAUCACUUUGUUUGUUACAGUAAGUUGGAUCUGGCAGACCUUCCCGAGAACAGACCUACUUUUACUCCCAAAGUCCAGUUUGCGUGGGAGAAGAAAAGGGAAGGAUGUCCAACAACAUGGCUAAGAUUGCAGAUGCUAGAAAGACAGUGGAGCAACUCAAACUCGAGGUCAACAUAGAGAGGAUGAUGGUGUCAAAAGCUGCAGCUGAGCUGAUGGCCUUCUGUGAAUCUCACGCCAAAGAGGACCCUCUGGUGACACCAGUAGCGUCAUCAGAAAACCCUUUCCGAGAAAAGAAGCUUUUCUGUGUCAUUCUGUGAAUGACCCCAAAGUAGACAUGUAGCACAAAAAAAUAAUAUUUUUAUUUUUUGUUUCAGUCAUGGCAGCUUUUUUUGCAUUGAUCCAUGAACAUGUUUGAAAAAAAGAGGUAGGGAUGGCAAUAAAGCGUUAUUAAACAAGGGUGCAAAGUUUAUUUAAACAGUCCAGCACUGCUGCCUGUCCUUGUGCACACAGUUUACUCAUUAACUGAAUAGCAUAUAAAAGUUCUCAUUGGAAGCCUUUUGUGCUCAAAGGCUUUUAGACAUUUUCUAUCCUGCAGUUCUCAAGUUAAAAAGGAAAAAAAAAAUAGAAAUAAAUUGUGUU